AUGAUGGGAAAAUUUUAUGAAAAAUUACGUACCGAUAAUAAUGAACCUGGAUCAUCAUCGAUGAUCAAUUCAAUGAAAAAUUCAAACAAUGAUGAUGAUAGUGAUGAAGAUAGUGAUGAUUGUUCACCUAAACCUCAAACAUCGAAUAUCAAUGAUGAUAAUGAAGACGACGACGAUGAUGAUGAUGAUGAUUUAAUAGGUCAUAAUCGAUAUUCAGUAUUACCAAUAUCGCAUGAAAUUGAAUUAAAACAUGGUAAUAAAUCUGUAACGGCAUUAGCAUUGGAUCCGAAUGGUGCCAGACUAGUUUCAGGUGGUAUUGAUUAUGAAGUAAAAUUUUGGGAUUUUGGCGGUAUGGAUCAAUCAUUACAAUCAUUUCGAACGAUUACACCAUGUCAAUCACAUUCGAUAAAACAUUUAGAAUUUUCUUCAAAUGGUGAAUUUAUUCUAGUUAUUUCAGGAUCAUGUAUAGCUAAAUUAAUUGAUCGUGAUGGUUAUGUAAAAGCUGAAACAAUUAAAGGAGAUCAAUAUAUUUCCGAUAUGAAAAAUACUAAAGGUCAUAUUGCAAUGUUAAAUUCUGGUUGUUGGCAUCCAUUGGAAAGAAAUAUAUUUGCCACUUGUUCAAAUGAUGGUACAUGUCGAUUAUGGGAUACACAGGUUAAUCUACGACAACAUCAUUCAUUGAUGCGUCCACGAUCACAACAUGGUUUACGUACACAGCCAAAUGUUUGUGCAUUUAGUUCGACAAUGGGUGAUUUGAUUGCAUUAGGUUGUGAUGAUGGUAGUGUACAGAUGUGGGAUACACGUAAAUCAUUUGUCAAUACUUCACAUUUAAUUCGUGAUGCUCAUCAACAUUCGACCGAUAUGUCAUCAUUAAUGUUUGGCUAUAAUGGCAUGACAAUGGCUACACGUUCAACAGAUAAUACAAUGAAAUUAUGGGAUAUGCGUAUGGUAAGACAAACACGACCAUUUGGACGACAACGUUCGGAACCAUUACAUGAAUGGACUGGCCUAUCGAAUCGAUAUGCACAAACUGAUUGUUCAUUUUCACCGGAUGAUCGUUAUCUAAUGACUGCUACUAGUUGUGAUGAACGUCCAAACAAUUUAACCGAUGAAUGUGGUCAGCUACAUUUUUAUUCAACAUCAACAUUUGAAUUAAUACAAAAAAUCGAUGGUCGAUUAUCAUCAUCGAAUAUACGUGCUAUAUGGCAUCCAAAAUUAAAUCAAAUUGUAACAAGUGGAUCGGAUGGUUCUAUUCAGAUGUUUUAUGAUUUAAAAUAUUCUGUUCGUGGUGCAUUAUUAUGUUCAUUACGUAAAAAACGUAAACGUAAAGAAGUGUUUACAAUGGCACAACCAACAAUCAUAACACCACAUGCAUUACCAUUAUUUAAACAGGAACGACGGAAAUCACAUUUUGUACAAAUGUUAAAAGAUCGUAAAGAUCCAAUUAAAUCAAGAAGACCUGAAUUACCUGUAACUGGAUCCGGUUCAGGUGGACGUAUUGCUGCACCAGGUAAAACAUUUGCAUCAUUUAUAGCACGUAAUUUAGGUGUACGUGCUAAAAUUGAUGAUAAUGAAGAUCCACGUGAAGCAUUAUUAAGACAUGCAAAAGAUGCUGAAGAUAAUCCAUAUUGGGUAACACCAGCAUAUCAACAAAAUCAACCAAAAACAAUAUUUGCACAAGAACAAUUGGAUAAUAAAAAUGAUGAUGAUGAUGAUGAUGAUAAUAAUAAUGAUGUCGAUAAUGAUGGACCAAAAACAAAAAAGCCUAAACCGCAUAUUCCAGUUUAAUUUGUAAAAUUAAUG